AGAGAGAGAGAGUGUGUCCACGCGUGUGCGAGGCUCAAGGAGACACACUCAGAUCUGUUCCAGUUUGAUGCAGACCUCCAAACCGGGCAAAUCAGUGGUUGAAUGAACCUGGGUUAUCCAAUCGGAAGAAGAAGAAGAAAAUCAUCCCUAAGACUGACAGAUAAGAAGAGUCUCAGCUACCAUGAGGAUGUGUGUGUGCGUGUUUCAGUUUAAGACAUUUAUGUGAUAUGAUAGUAAUGUGUGUGUGUGUGCGUGUGUGUGAACAUGCCUGAAAACAUUCAUGUUUGAGGUGAAGUAGUGUGAGUGUGAGCGGGGUUUGAUGGUGGUCACCAUGCCUGAAGAGGAUGUGAUUAACUGCACCAUCAGCCAUGAAAUCCACCAGUACCUCUUCUCCUGUGUGUACAUUCUUGUACUGUUGGUUGGUGUCCCCUCUAACUUCUACUCUUUGUACCAUGCUGCACUGCAGCUAAAACAAAAGAAUGAGCUGGGAGUUUAUUUACUGAACCUCACUGUGUCUGAUCUGUUGUACUUGGCGUCAUUACCGCUAUGGCUGCAGUACAUCUUUCAGGAUGACGAUUGGCGUCACAGGGAGUGGCUGUGUCAGCUUUGUGGUUUCCUGCUCUAUGAAAACAUCUACAUCAGCAUUGGUUUUCUGUGCUGCAUCAGUCUAGAUCGGUACCUGGCUGUAGUCCAUCCUUUGAGGUUUACCUCUCUCCGCUCCAUGAAGGCUGCAUGGCUGGUUAGCGCCGUUAUUUGGCUGAAGGAGAUUGCAGUCGGUGUGGUUUUCUUCCGCCAUAAAGAGCUGAGCAGAGACCGAACGAACCAGUCAGUGUGCUUUGAGCAUUACCCCAUGCAGCCGUGGGAGUUUCCCAUUAACUACUACCGCUUCAUUAUUGGGUUCCUGUUCCCACUGGCCAUUCUGUCGAUAAGUUACCUGUGUGUUCUUCGAGCUGUGGGUCGAAGCGCAGGGACUCAACCAGAUCAAAAGAUGAGGAUCAGACAGUUAGUCAGCAGCACCAUACUCAUCUUCCUUGUCUGUUUCUCCCCCUACCACAUAUUCCUGUUAGUACGCACCCUACUGGAGCGGGAUUGUAACUUCAUUGCAGGAAUCUUUAACUACUACCACCUGUCUCUGCUGCUGACCACCCUCAACUGCGUGGCUGACCCUGCUCUCUACUGCUUCGUCAGUGAAAGCGCCCGCCGCGGCCUAUACAGGGCAGUGUUCCGUCCGGUUGCCAAGAUACUCUGCUGCUGCCGCCGCCGUGGCAAUGCAAGCCCUACCAACCCGGCAACCGAUUCCCAUGAGGUGGCCACCGACGAGAACAACGGCCACCCGACUGUGACGCUGCUCACGCACACCAGCACGCUCAACAACACAAAAGGAGAUACCGCUAUCAAAAACACCAUUAUAGACACACAGACUAACGAAAAAAGUAUCCUACCUUUGACUGUACUAAAUAAUAGACAUGCACAUGAACAGUCAGACAGUGGGAAGCCCAGUGUGCGUGACAUAUGUGUGACAUUUAUUGAACAUCAGAGUCAAAAGAAGGAAAGGACUGGACAGAGUGAGAACAACACCAGCUAAUCAUCCACGGACCGAACAGGAACAGUACGAGCACAAUUCUCAGGGCAGUGGGAUUAAGAUGGAAGAGCCCAGUAUAAAAUCAAUGAUGCAGGAGACCAUCCACAACUGACCAGCAUUUAAGGCAUUACUUAAAGAGCUGUAAAGAGACCACACUGCCCAACCAUGUGUGUUUACAUCAUCAGUCAUUGGCAUUAAAGUGGAAGACUUUCAUUCAGAAUAAAACUACAGACUCCACGUGAAGCCUCAGCAUGCGUACGGCAACUAUUUUAACACUGUAAUUCAGAUUUUAAAACUGUUUUCUAAAGGAGUCACUGUUAGCAACUGUAUCUGUACAGUAAGAAAAAAAAAAACAAAGCUUCAUCCUGGACUCAGAUUCUGGCCAGACUUGAAAUGGGUGCUCAUGUACA